AUGGCUAGGGGUAGAGUUGUCACUGGUUUUGGAGGUUGGCCAAAGCGUUUCAACAUCAUAAAUGGAAUUGCUCGUGGAUUGUUGUAUCUCCAUCAAUAUUCUCGACUACGGAUUAUCCAUAGAGACCUUAAAGCAAACAAUGUUUUACUAGAAAUGGAAAUGAAUCCAAAGAUUUUAAACUUUGGCAUGGCCAGAAGUGUUGUAGGAAAUGAGAUGGGAGCAAAAACACGCCAUGUGCACAGUGGGUAUAUGUCCCCUGAAUUUGUAGUAGAUGGGAUUUUCUCAGUAAAAUCAUAUGUGUUUAGCUUUGGCAGAUUAAUGUUGGAGAUUGUAAGUGGCAAGAGAAAUAGAGGAUUUGUCCUUCAAGAUAACAACCUUAACCUUAUCGGUCAUUUUUCAUUCUGUUUAUAUGAUGUGUAUGGCCAUUUUGAGGUUCUCCACGCAGUGGGCGAGGUGGCCUAUGAGUUAGCUUUACCUCCAUACUUUGUCGCUGCUCAUCCAGUUUUCCAUGUCUCCAUGCUACGGAAGUAUAUUCGUGACCUGUCCUAUGUGCUAAGGUGGGACUCAGUCCAGUUAGAUGAGCAGUUGGCCUUUGUAGAGGAGCCCAUGCUUAUCUUGGCUAGUGAUGUGAGGCAGUUGCGUACUAGAAAGAUUUCUGUAGUUAAGGUUCAGUGGAGCACCGCCUAUUGGAGGGGGCCACUUAGGGGUUAG